AAUUGUAAUGAAGCAAUUGUGGAACCCCUCUAGAUCGAUCCCAAUUUUGUUGGAUAUCUUUACCCGUAUAGGUCUUACGAUAGACCUAGCAAGCGAUUAGUUAGAGGAAUAAACAUUUAAAACACGAUUAAAGACAAAUCUGAUAAUUUUUUUUGGUAUAGGACGCCUAAGCGAGCAUUUUUUUACUGGCAUUUUUCUUCUCAAUAGAAGUGCGCGUGCGGAUUGGCGCAUACUGGACUAAGUAAGAGAUAUUUUCGAUACUUAAACACCGCCGAUCAUGUACGAAGCGCAGAUUUUAUGAGAGUAAGCGUUUUUAAUUAAACGAGGAAUGGUGAUUCAUGAAAGCAUCUUGUCCGCUCGUGUUUGAAAAAAAAAGAUGGCAAAGCCAAACGAUAAGGCAGGUGAUGUGUACGUGAGGCAGAGAGAGUCGUUUCUGGCCGAGCUCGAGCAAUUCCACAGAAUUCGAGGUACUCCGUUCAAACGCGUUCCCAUUGUUUCGGGAAAAGUGAUCGACCUCUAUUCUCUUUACAAUCGAGUAACAGCUCUGGGAGGAUGGCAAAAGGUACACGAAUCUUCUAAAUGGAAAGAUAUACAAAGGUACUUUCAUGUACCUAAAGCAUGUGCAAAUGCGGCAAUAGCUUUAAAAUAUAUAUACAUCCGCUACCUACAUUUGUACGAGCGUCUCCAUUAUCAUGGUGACGAUGUGGACAAUAAAAAUGAAGAUGAUGAUACAGAGGCUCCAAGUGUAUUUAGAUCUCGACGUGCCUGUCAGCAAGCCGAAGUACCCCAAGUUUAUCAUGAACGAAUGCAUCAAAUUGAACCUACAAUACGCACAACUCAUGGUUUAGCUGCAGCUUGGUCGCGAUCACCAUAUCACAAACUCGAACUUUCGUUGCUAUCAGGACUCCCAAAUGAAGUCGAUUUUGCCGUAAAUAUUCUUGCUUUGCUUUCGAACGAUUCUCGACACUCUCUUCGACUCGAGCGUUGUCCUACUUUGCCCCGACUUUUGUUAGCGCAUGUAAGUGUAUAUGCUACAGAUGAUGAAGGAGCAUUAUCUGCUCUUCAUGACCUUACCUGGUCAAAGUUAAGUGGCAGAGACUUCACCCAAUUUUGGAAAGACAGUCUGGCCCAACAAGAUAUCCUUUCUCUCUUACAGAAUGAGGAACCUCCUAUAAGACUUUCACCAAGAAAGUCUUGUGCAAACCGACCAAGUGGAUCUCGUGACAAAGAAUUACAGCGGGUUGUUCAAAUAGCUGGUAUUAUUCGAAACCUCUCGUUUGAACCAUUAAAUGCCGCUGUGCUUAUGAAUGAAUCCGUUGUGAUUAGGUUUUUAUUGCUUUGUGUUAACGCAAAACAGCCCCAAGUUCGCCAAUUAGCUUUUGAUACUCUAACGCAUGUCGGAUCAUUAAUACGUUUGGACCCUCAUAGUUCAAAAACAAGAUUAAUACUCCGUACAGUUUCUUUCUGCAUUGCUUCAUCAGACAGAGCAGAAAUUAUUGGGGGACUAGAACUUCUAUCAGCUUUGUGUCAGCAUGAGGAAAAUGAUGAUGUACUCAGUGAACUACUCGACACAGACGUUUAUACUCAUAUGGCGAGAUUGAUUCUCGUUGCCGAUAUCCACCUACUUAUUGCAACAUUGGAGGCUUUACUGCAGCUUUCCGAAUUAGGCCAUGCGGCAGCCACUUUUGUUGCUAAUGCCCAAUCAUUAGUGGACACUUUAUGUAAUCUCGUAACCAUGGAAGCCCAGGCACUUGGAUCUUCAGCUAUCAUCAAUUUGCGAGUUGUUGAACAGCAGGUAACUGUCACGGAACCUACUUCUUCUCCAACGAGAAAUACUCUUGUUCCUAGUUGUCUACCUCAUCAACAGAAUAAGUUACCAACAACUCCUGCUUCUGUUACAAUAGUUAACUCAAAUAUAAGAAACAGACCUACAACUGUUGUAAGUACAAGCCGUUCUCAGCAACUUCCGCCCCCUCUCCCUCUACCACAAAUGGAUGGAGAAAUAUUGGCAAGGAAUUGGUUGCAAGCACAUUAUGAGUAUGUCGAAGACAGCUCAUCGGCUAUAGCCCAUGCCGACUUAUAUCAAGCUUAUUUGGCUGGUGCUAAUGUAAACCAUAUUCGAAAUCCUGUCACAUCCAACGUGUUUAUAACAUGUGUCAGAGUAGCUUUUCCUUCUCUAGUCCUUCGAUCCGUCGACAAGCGAAACGGUCACAGAGACAUUCAAUAUAUAGGCCUUCAGAAACGCGCUGCCUCUCUACCAUUUCCUCCUCAACUCGAGAGAAGCGUUUGUAGCUCACCACCUCCAAAAACUAAGCGGACUACUCUUUCGAAUGGUCACUCUAGUCCAAUUAACUUCGGACAAGCUAAACUUGAACAGACUCCUGUCAAAGUGAACAAUGUAAAAAAAGAGAACGAAGAAGCAAUCGGAUCCAACGGACCAUUUACCAAUGUUGUAAAUGGUGUUUACAAACGUAUGGUCAACGGAGAAUGUGAUGUUCUGAAACAGAACGGUUUUCCACAGGUAGACGGCGCUGGAGAUGAAAAAGAAGAAAAAAGACCAGUCGAUAUAUUAUCGCAAGCCGCGAGUGUCAUUUUUAAUGAGGAACAACCUUCUCCUCCGCCAGUAUCUUUCGUUUUAGUCGCACCGGCUCAAUCUGCUCCACAAACGUUUCGGAUUCAAAUGGCUCCUCAAACAACAUCCGUCGUUGCUGGAACCCAAAUUGUUAGUUUCGGCACAAACAAUAUGGUGCUUCCAAUAGUACAAAAUACCGCCGCAACUGUAAUUUUACAACCUCAAGCUCAAACACCUGUUGUUGUUCGACCAACGUCCGCAACGGUCAAAAGGCCUUCGACAACAGUAGCCACCUCCACAACGAAUUCAUUUUCUUCACAAACUCAAGCAAAUGAAGCACCAAGUAAAAAGAGAGCCAGAUCGAACAGUUCAUCAUCCUCACCUUUACCUGUACCGACUGAUCAUCGUUGUGAAUGGUUAAACUGCAGUCAAAUAUUCGACGCUGGAAAAGAAUUGGCUAAUCAUGUCCUGAGAACUCAUUGUUCAGCUUUAUCCGCCGGCUGUUGCAAAUGGAAUAUCUCCUGCGACAAUUUACAUAGACAGAAAUGGUCUCUAUUACAGCAUAUUCAAGAAAAGCAUUUAAGCGAAGCUGGUUUGAAGGCAUCUCAGUUACGAAGGGCAAACCAGGGAGAAAAAGUCGCUACACCGUCCGUUUACCCCGAAAAUGCCGCCUAUCAUGCUAUUAAUCGCUUCGCUCCUAAACCUCCCUAUCCGGAAUUAAUGGAAACAAAGGAAGGACCUGUUACAAAGCAUAUCCGCUUGACUGCAGCUCUUAUACUGAACAACCUUGCCCGCUAUUCGUCCGAUGCACGCAGCAUACUGCGUAAACAUGAAACUCGUCUGGCCUACGUUUCUUUGAGUUGCGUCGAGUCAUCUUCGGCAGUCGCAAAAUGCCUGCACCAACUCGUUCGACAUGAUAUGAGCGAUGUACCAGUGGACGAGCUGAGCUAA